CCACAGGCUAACUGGGACUGCACUCUUUGAGUUGAUAGCUUGUUUGUUAAGUCUCAGUUCAGGUUGCAGUUGACCGAGUGUGUUGUUUAAGUGGUCUUCUUUGACAAAUAUUACGACGUCGCACCGUUUGCGCUUCGCGCGGACGAAUAACGGUCCUCAGUGAUAUCGGUCUCGGCACUUUCGGAACCCACACCUUUGGUUCACCAUUGCACCCAUGGCACCCGAAGCGAUCACGUAACUAGAGAUCGGAUAGAAUUUUGCUCUCUCCCCUUCCACCAAAGUUUUGACGUCAGCUGGGGCCUCCCAGUUGGCUUUGCGACCGGACGCACGUGGGCGGGCCUAUGCCUAUGCCCAACAGAUUUCUACCUUCACUUACGCCCUCCCUCAUAAUCGCUUUCAUGGAGGUCCAAAAAGGCAGAAGAGGACGCUCGUUCUCAAGCUCGAUGAAAACAUAUCCCGCCAUAUCCCAGAUAAAUUUGGUUUUACCUCGCUGAUUUGCGGCGAACCCAGUUCAUGUCAUCCUGUUCUCUAACCUAGACCAGAGCACCAAUAAAGAUAGUUGCUGUUGUCAGCAAAUUAAUCAACAGCUAUGCCCGCUGCCACCACCCUCCAUGAGCGGUCCAGAAAUGGCAUCACCAAGUUCACCAACUGUCGUCUCGUCCGCGGCGCUUCUCUAGUUGAAGAGGAUCUAUGGGUCAGCUCCGUUACCGGCAAGAUUGUCCGCAGCCAAGCCGUCUUCUACGACCAUAAUGUUCUGCCGGACGAGAUCAUCAACCUGGGUGGCAGAAUCGUUUCUCCCGGUCUCAUAGACGUGCAACUAAAUGGGGCCUAUGGCUUCAACUUCUCUUCGACCUUUCCUGAUAUGUCGUCCUAUGGCAAGAAGGUUAAGGAACUCAAUCGGAAGCUAGUUGAAACUGGUGUCACCUCCUAUGUUCCCACUGUCACAAGCCAGACAAGCGAACUCUACCACAAGGUCCUUCCCUUCCUUGGUCCUUCGGGAGAUCACCAAACAGCUGAGGAUGGUGCGGAAUCUUUGGGCGCACAUGUUGAAGGCCCUUUCAUCAGCCAAACCAAGAAUGGCAUUCACAACGUGGAUGUUUUGAGAGAGGCUAAGACUAUGGAAGACCUUGAGGCCAUGUACGGAGUGGACAACAUCAAACCUGCAUCAACAACUGGCAAUCAGCGUCUACCCAUUCGAAUGAUAACAGCAGCACCCGAGUUAGGUCGCAUGAUGGAGCUUAUCCCUGAGCUGCAGGACAGGAACAUUAUAUACUCGAUUGGCCAUACCGAGGCCACCUAUGAAGAAGCAUCUUUGGCUGUCGCUUCAGGGGCAACAAUGAUUACUCAUCUAUUCAACGCAAUGCGCCCGCUCCACCACCGGAACCCGGGCGUUUUCGGAGUGCUGGGUAUCGCCGAGAGACUUCCCCGGCCGUAUUUUGGCAUCAUUGCCGAUGGCAUACACUUGCACCCGACCACCAUCAAAAUAGCGUACAGCGCACACCCUGAGGGUUUCAUCUUGGUCACGGAUGCCAUGCAUCUGGUUGGUCUGCCAGACGGUACUUAUGAUUGGACCAAUGGAGACCAGUGCAGCAGGAUUGUGAAGACGGGAUCAGUGCUUACCCUGGAAGGCUCCGGCACCAUCGCUGGAAGCUCUAUUACUCUGAUCGAAUGCGUGAACAACUUCCUGAGCUGGAGUGGAUGCACCAUCCCCCAGGCACUCAACGCUGUUACAGCCACGCCAGCUGCUCUCUUGGGCUUGCAAGGGAUCAAAGGCAGUUUGAAUCCCGGAGCUGAUGCCGAUCUGGUCAUCUUCUCGGAAAACAGCCAGUCUGACGGUCCCCAACUCUUGGUGGAUCAAGUAUGGAAGCGAGGAACAAGGGUUCACUAUCACGAGGACUUUUCCAUGCCUAGUCCCACAUCGAGUGUGAGCUCAUCAUAAGCAGCGAAUGUAUUAUUAACAGCGAACUCUGAAGGCUUUGUUGAAAAUUCCUAGGUACAUAUUAUGGAAGCGAUUCUGAAUCUGGUCCUUCUAGAUCUAUAGUGAGGCCACUAUAUCCUUUGACGCGUCAGAAAUGCAUGGAAUCGAAGAAUAUAGCUACUGCUUACCUACCCAACUACCCAAGUAUUUGCACUGUCCUUUUCCUAUAGAUGGACUGGCGCGUCGCGAGAAAGAAGUAAUCUAGCAACCCAACCUUCUUAUACGUGCGCGUUGGAUCAGAGACUGCCCUCUUUUCGUUUUGAAGUUUCCGCGAGCAAUAUAUGGUAUGAUUUCCUGGUAAGCCGGCGAUGUAGACGAGUGCGGAGACGCAUUUCCAAGAGCCAAAGAACGUCAGAU